UAGAACUUUAGGCAGAUCUUGUUACUGACAGGAUAUCCUUAGAACAAUUUUUAAAAAUGUUUUACAAUCAACAUCGAGACCGACAAUACAGCAUGCAGCAAUUAAUACAUGAAGAUGCCAAUAACGACGAUGAUGUACAUCUAGAAUAUUUCUCUGAAAUACAGAAUGAAAGAGAAAAUACAGUUGUUGACCAAACCUCAUCUAGACAAGUGAAUGUAUCACACUACUAUUCCGGUCGUGGCCGCAGGCGUAGACGAACAAACACCUUUAUUCCUCCUGAAAGACCUGUUCAUAUUUCUCCAAAAAAUAAUUCAGAAAGAAGGCAUUCUUCAGAAGAAGAGGACAUACCGCCUGUUACUCCUUCUCAAAGAUCUAUUCAUAUUUCUCAGGAAAAUAAUCCAGAAAGAAAAAAUUCUUCAGGAGAAGAGGACAUGCCGCCUGUUAAUCUUCCUCAAAGAUCUAUUCAUAUUUCUCAGGAAAAUAAUCCAGAAGGAAGGCAUUCUUCAGGAGAAGAGGACAUGACGCCUGUUACUCUUCCUCAAAGAUCUAUUCAUAUUUCUCAGGAAAAUAAUCCAGAAAGAAGGCAUUCUUCAGAAGAAGAGAACAUACCGCCUAUUAUUUCUCCUCAAAGCUCGAUUAAUGUUUCCCCAGAAGUUUUACAAGAUAUAAUUCUUAUAGGUUCAAGUAAGAAUUUUUACCUAAAAAAAUACGAAAUAAGAUGAAGGCUCCUGGUCCGCGACUGUGCUGAAAUCGUGACAUUAUGAACGAGAAUUGAUACGUGAAAAUUUGUUGCAUGCUAUUUACAAAUAAAAUGAAUUUGGAUAAAAUAAAAUCAUGAAAUCGCUUUAAAACACUUGUAAAAAUCUACGAAAACUCUCUUUUCUUCCUGUGACAGUCAGUAAACAGUCGUAAGUCACGUAAAGUGAGACCUAUUUACACACACACACACACAC